AUGAGGGAUCGUUUCUGCUACAAAGCCAUUGACGCAUUCGCAAUCGCGUGCGCUAACGAAAGUCCACCAUUGCAAUUGAUUCCUUUUUGUUUUGGAUACAAAUAUCAAUGCUCUCGUCUCACUUAUCCAACAGAAGAUUGGUGUGAGAAAGAAUUCGAUCACUAUGAGAGAACCGGUACAAGGACAGCGGAAUGGUGUCAAAGAUUUGAGCUUUUCUGUAAUGCUACAGCUAGAGAAGAGAAACGAGCGGAAUUGAAUGCUUUAAUGGGUGAUGCGGUCAAAGUGCACAAACAGUGUGUGGAAUUAUGGGGUCUAUCGCAUGCAAUCUGCAAUCCAUUCAUUCGAAACUUUCAAUGGGAACGUUGUCAAAAAUUUCUUUUUGACUGCGAGUUGAUCUCUGAUUUCCCGGAUGAUGAAGAGAAAACUGAGUCGAUUCUGAGCACGAGUCAAGUACUAACGAAAGAUGAAUUGAAUCGACAAAUUCUAGAAGCGGCAAUUGAUACAAAUACUUCAAAGACAUCAACAGUCGAUCGGAAUCGAGUGAAUUUGGGACGAGAAAAGGAAAAAGAGAAAAUUGUAGAAAAACCUGAGCAAUCACAGCAGAUUCCAAUGGCUGAGCAAAGAAUUGGUGAACAACCUAUUCACACAGAUGUUAGCAAUGUACCCGAGUUCUUUGUGGGGCAAGCGAAGAAACAAGGAAAUCGAAUUGUCAUCAAUCCAGUGAAAGUGGAACCUGGAGAAGUGAUCGAUCGACUCGUAAGCCCUCCUCCAGCACCUACACCUUCUGCUUCUCCUUCUGAAGUCAACAUUCGUCCAUCAAAUAUCGAUUUCAGACCGGAAGAAUUGCUACGACUUGCAACCGAUGUUGGUGAAGGGAAAUUGAAGCCAGUGCUCAAGAGGAGCUCACCACUUUUAAUCGAUGAAAGCUCUCCCGAAUGGAUCACAAAAUUUCAACAA